AUGCCACAUGAUGCGCGCCGUUUGUUACUAGUACUCUUUGUGGUUUCUUUGAAUCAUGUGGUAGCAAAUUCGACAAGGUCACUCGGGCCAUCUCAUGAGCAUCCGAGGAGAUUAGUACAUCACAUACCAGUUCCAUCCGUGAACAGCAGUUCUGAGGUCACUGGUUCAGUUUCGAAGCAAGCAGCGGCUUCGGCCCAAGGAGUGGAUCGAAUUGCACAUGGACUAAAUCUCAAGGUACCUUCUCGUGUGUCGAAGCUUGUCUCCGGGCCCCUGCCAGCAAUCAAAACUGACUCACCUGACCAGUUCCGCAGCAAGCUUCGACUACCACACUUUGCGAAGCCAAGCCACUAUGAGCUACAUUUCCGCCCCAACCUCGUCUCUUACACCUUCUCCGGUGUCGUGGCAGUCAAUGUCACCGUCAUAACACCCACCCGUUUCCUCGUUCUCAAUGUUGUGGAACUCAUGGUUGACCCUGCUUCCAUAAAAUUCAAGUGUUUAGUGCCGACCGAGGUGGUGUUUUUUAAGGAUGAUGAAAUUAUGGUAAUUGGUUUUCAGAAAGAGCUUCCAAUAGGUGAUGGUGUGCUCAGGAUGCACUUCAAUGGCACUCUCAAUGAUGAGACGAGGGGAUUUUUCAAGAGUGUUAAGUAUAAGGGGAAGAUAGCAAACAUGGCGGCGACAAACUUUCGACCCGUGGAUGCUCGGCGGUGCUUUCCUUGUUGGGAUGAGCCUGCUUUCAAGGCUAAGUUCAAAAUAACAUUGGAAGUUCCAUCUGAGUUGGUAGCACUGUCCAACAUGCCUGUAUCUAGUGAGAUAGUGGUUGGUCCUAUCAAGAUUGUCGAAUUUGAGGAAUCGCCUCUAAUGUCAACUUACUUAGUUGCCAUGGUUGUUGGUAUUUUUGAAUUUGUAGAGCAUGUAACAUCACACGGCACUAGAGUUCGUGUGUACAUUGAAGUUGGUAAGAGUGAACAAGGGAAAUUUGCAUUGGAUGUUGGAGUGAAGUCAUUGGAUUUCUAUAAUGAUUACUUUGGCACUCCUUAUGCACUUUCUAAAUUGGAUAUGAUUGGUAUUAGCAACUUUAGUUGGAAGGGCAUGGAGAACUAUGGAUUGGUUACUUUUGAAAUCCAAGAUUUGCUAUUUAAUCAGAUAUCUUCAACAUCUACCAAACAACACCAAAUGGCCUAUCAAGCUGUAGAUUCCAUUUUUCCUCAAUGGAAUAUUUUGAUGGAGUUUCUUGAUAGUACAAUUUCUACUCUUAAAUUGGAUUCAAUAACUGGGUCACAUUCUAUCGAGGAUGAAAUACACCAUACCAAUGAAAUCAUUGAGAUAUUUGAUGACAUCAACUAUAUUAAAGGUGCUUCUAUUCUUCACAUGCUACAAAGCUACCUUGGGGCAGAACGUUUUCAGGUCUCGAAUUUUCAUACUAUUUUUGUUGAUAGAUCACACUCUAUAAUGCUACUUAAAAAUCAGUGUGAAGAGAAAACUGGCGAACCAUUGAAGGAUUUCAUGACUUCCUGGACGAAGCAACGAGGAUACCCUAUUAUUUAUGUAAAACAAAAAGGGAAAGGCAUCCAACUGGAACAGCCAAUUGCUGACCCUAGAGUACAUGCAUGCAUGCACUAG